GCGCCCUUCGUUGGAGAGGCGUAUAGGAGCGUCUACGGAGAACGAAGGUUUUACAGGGGAGCUGUGAAUCGUACAAUACGAGAGCGUAUACGAUUGGACGUAUAGAUAAGGACGAUAUUUAAGAGGGCGAGAUGUCGGGCCUCCGAGCGCCUUCCGUUCAUCUACGGUACUUCGACUACGCGGCGGGCGACAUUCUUACUCAGGAUGUAUACGUACCACAAACGGGCCUCGCCUGCAACACCUACUAUUGCUGCCUACAGUGGAACGCAGGGAUGAAUGGUGGCGGAUACUGUGGGAUCCAGGAUCAUCCGCGCGGCCGUAACUUCAUCUUUUCCUUAUGGGACCCACCUCCGGGUGAGGGCGCGAUCCGACCCAUAUACGAGGGUCCUGGGACAGUCUGCGAGCCGUUCGGUGGAGAAGGGACGGGAAUGAAAUCGUGGAACUUCUCACUAGGCUGGGAACCAGAUCACUGGUUUACGCUUGUCACGCGCCGCUGGGGUCACGACGACCACUCAUACUUCGGCUUCUGGGUGUACAAACACAAAGCGCUGGAGUGGACACAUUUUGUCACGCUAGACUACCCCAUGCCUAAUGUAUGCUUUGACACGACGUCCUGCAGCUUCCUUGAGGAUUGGCAUGGAAACGGUAACGAAGUGAGAAGAGUCCAUUUCCAGAACGGCUACAAACGCAAUCUUAACGGCGGCUGGAUGCCGUUCAAUGAGGCCGGCUUCAGUAUGGUCCGCGAAGCGUCUAGUCGCACAUUUGAGAAUAAUUUCGACACUGGCGUUCUCGAUGGCAUGUUCUUUCUUCAGUCAGGCGGAAGUACAAAACCUUCAAAAACAGCCGUCGAUAGCGGAACGAUCUGUCGAAAGAUUACAGCAAAACCGGAUAUGCGUCCAAUAUGCUGCUCCCUGACAUCCGUCACAGAUACGGAAAUCACGUGGGAAAUACCGGACGGAAGUAUCCCUCAGUUUCAAUACAUCAUUUAUAUUGACGGCGUCAUUUACAAACAGGAAGUACACUCUGAACACAGACUGUGUAAGUUUAAAGCGCCACCGACAGAUGAGGUCGAACUUAUUGUUGAGGAUAUUUAUGGGCACUGUGUGCGCUCUAAGUUUAGGGUUCGAGAGGAGAAACAGCGUACAAAGUUGAGGACAAGAAUGGACGUGUACAUGCCAAACUAAUCUAUGCUGGCUAGACAUCCUGGUAAAUAAUACUAACCAAUGUGCAUUCUUAUAGUCUAAUACAUGUAUCUGAUAUAACGUAUUGAUUUAACUAGCCCGAUGAUUUUGAUUGCCAGUCAUUUGUGUACAUAUAAUAUCAUGUUGCAUUUUUCCUCCUGACCUUUCGGCAGAAACUUAAUCGCAUGUUCCCGAAUCUUGGACUAAUGUAACAUUCAUUGUUCGUUACCCUCGGUCUCAUUUUAAUCCCUUUUCCCGACCAUCUGGCGUAUGUUACUUCUUUUGUUCCUGACCCUCGGGCUCAUUUUAUGUUUUUUGCUUCUAACACUCGUUUACAUGUUAUAUUAUUUGCUUCAGACUCUCGAGAAUAUACAACAUUCCUUGUACAUGAUUCUCAGGUCAUGUAACAUUCCUUCGUUCUCCAUCCUCGGGAUCCUGUUACAUUUAUUGUUUCCGACCGUCGGGAUCCUUUCAAAAUCCUUGUUUCCGACAUUAGGGAUUAUUUAGCAUAUCAUGUUCCUGGCCCUCGCAAUUAUAUUGGCCCUCGCAAGUAUAUUGCAUAUCAAGUUCCUGGCCCUCGCAAUUAUAUUGCAUAUCAUGUUCCUGGCCCUCGCAAGUAUAUUGCAUAUCAUGUUCCUGGCCCUCGCAAUUAUAUUGCAUAUCAUGUUCUUGGCCCUCGCAAUUAUAUUGCAAAUUAUGUUCUUAUAUUGCAUAACAUGUUCUUGGCCCUGGCAAAUAUAUUGCAUAUCAUGUUCCUGGCCCUCGCAAUUAUAUUGCAAAUUAUGUUCUUAUAUUGCAUAACCUGUUCUUGGCCCUCGCAAUUAUAUUGCAUAUCAUGUUCCUGGCCCUCGCAAUUAUAUUGCAAAUUAUGUUCUUAUAUUGCAUAACAUGUUCUUGGCCCUCGAAAUUAUAUUGCAUAUCAUGUUCUUGGCCCUCGCAAUUAUAUUGCAAAUUAUGUUCUUAUAUUGCAUAUUAUGUUCUUGGCCCUCGAAAUUAUAUUGCAUAUCAUGUUCUUGGCCCUCGCAAUUAUAUUGCAAAUUAUGUUCUUAUAUUGCAUAACAUGUUCUUGGCCCUCGAAAUUAUAUUGCAUAUCAUGUUCUUGGCCCUCGCAAUUAUAUUGCAAAUUAUGUUCUUAUAUUGCAUAACCUGUUCUUGGCCCUCGCAAUUAUAUUGCAUAUCAUGUUCCUGGCCCUCGCAAUUAUAUUGCAAAUUAUGUUCUUAUAUUGCAUAACAUGUUCUUGGCCCUCGAACUUAUAUUGCAUAUCAUGUUCUUGGCCCUCGCAAUUGUAUUGCAAAUUAUGUUCUUAUAUUGCAUAGCAUGUUCUUGACCCUCGAAAUUAUAUUGCAUAUCAUGUUCUUGGCCCUCGCAAUUAUAUUGCAAAUCAUGUUCUUAUAUUGCAUAACAUGUUCUUGGCCCUCGAAAUUAUAUUGCAUAUCAUGUUCCUGGCCCUCGCAAUUAUAUUGCAAAUUAUGUUCUUAUAUUGCAUAUUAUGUUCCUGGCCCUCGAAAUUAUAUUGCAUAUCAUGUUCUUGGCCCUCGCAAUUAUAUUGCAUAUCAUGUUCUUGGCCCUGGCAAUUAUAUUGCAUAUAAUGUUCCUGGCCCUCGCAAUUAUAUUGCAUAUAAUGUUCCUGGCCCUCGCAAUUAUAUUGCAUAUCAUGUUCCUGGCCCUCGCAAUUAUAUUGCAAAUUAUGUUCUUAUAUUGCAUAACAUGUUCUUGGCCCUCGAAAUUAUAUUGCAUAUCAUGUUCCUGGCCCUCGCAAUUAUAUUGCAUAUCAUGUUCCUGGCCCUCGCAAUUAUAUUGCAUAUAAUGUUCCUGGCCCUCGCAAUUAUAUUGCAAAUUAUGUUCUUAUAUUGCAUAUCAUGUUCUUGGCCCUCGAAAUUAUAUUGCAUAUCAUGUUCCUGGCCCUCGCAAUUAUAUUGCAUAUCAUGUUCCUGGCCCUCGCAAUUAUAUUGCAUAUAAUGUUCCUGGCCAUCGGACAAAUGUCACAUUCCUUGAUGAUAAUUCCCUCGGGCUGAUGUUACAUUUAUUUUUCCGACCCUUGUUAUAUUACUUGUUCAAGACCAUCAGGUUUAUGUACCAUUUCUUCUUUAUUGCCCCGGGCUUAUGUUAUAUACAUUGCACCUGACCCUCGGGUUUAUGUUGCAUAUUAUUGUUGCAUAUUAUAGUCAGACUUUCGGGCUCCUAUUGUAUCUCAUAGACUCUCAGGGUACAUGCCUGAACUUUUGGAGCUUACAUAACAUUCAUAGCUUCCCCUUUCCCACAUUGCAUUUAUUUUUAUCGAUCCUCAGAUACAGACAAUGAACUUUUUAUUUCAUUAUUUCGUAUACUUUUCUUUGAGAUAAAGCUUAAAAGUUCAUUUACAUUUUCAUUAAGUAUUAUCUAAUUCGUCACGUUUUACCUAUGUGGCGUCUUCCGUGAAAAUCGAGUCCUCUGGAGGUAGUCAUAUUAUAUCCAAAUAAGAAAUUUAACCAAUUUAUAUAAUUGUAUAAACAACCUACAAUUUGUACGACCGAAUUAGAUGCUCAGUAUAUUGGAAAGGACAAAUUUUCGUCGACGAUGUCGCCUAUAAAUGUAUCAGUCUUCGCAUACAUAUAAAAAUAAAGAUAAUACUCUAUAAUAAUUGUGCUUUAAAGGAAAAAAAUUAUGGAAAAUGAAUAAAGGAUUUCAUUAAGAAGAA